AUGGCGACCGAAGCAAGCUUCCGCUUCGGUCAGCAUAUUAUCAAAGCUUCUGUGGUGUUUUUUCGCUCAAAACUAUCCUACGGCUUUGUGAACAGAAAACCAGUAGUGUCCGGUCAUGUCUUGGUCGCACCGCUACGAAUUGUAGACCGAUUUUGUGAUUUAACAGAGGACGAAGUAGCAGACUUAUUUUUGAGCACCCAAAAAAUUUCCGGUGUCGUUGAACGGGAAUUUAAGGCGAGUUCUUUGACCGUCGCGAUACAAGACGGGCCAGAUGCCGGUCAGACUGUCCGACAUGUUCAUGUGCAUAUUCUACCCAGACGAAAAGGCGAUUUCCAUGACAACGAUGACGUAUACAAAGUUCUGGAAAGACACGACAAGGACGAGAUACAAGAAAGUGAAACUAUGAAUGGUGUGACGGUGGUUGAUGGGGCAGAAAUAUUUCGCAGCGAAGAAGAGAUGUCUAAAGAAGCCACUCAAUUGGCGCAGUUCUUUAAAUGA